UUUGCGUGCAGAUAUCUGGUGUAAAUAUGGCGUCGCAGGAGGAGGAUAACAAACUAGAGUGUUUUUCAAAUGUAAACAAAGAUCAAGAAAGAUACUUCUUAAAUGUUUAUAAGAAACAUGAAUAUAUUUUGAAUAACAAAAGUGAGACAUUCAAAAACAAAAUUGAAUCUCUCAUAGAUGUUUGGAAGAGUAUCGGAGAACUGAAUCUGUCUCAGUUUGACAUUCGCCAUGUCAUUCAGAUUAUGGACUGGGCUAAAUUGCAUGCGUUGAAUAUUGUCCUCACUGCUGAAUGGAAUAAGUUUAAGGGUACCUAUCAAUCUAUGCUUCUGCAAGAAAUUGAAAAGGCUCAAAAUGAACUUUUGAAAUUGAACAGUGCUUUUGCAACCAGAUGUAAAAAAUUGUCUGAUGUUGUGAGAAACCCUUGGGAGGAUCCUGUUUUGAUGACACUUAUGAAAACAAAAGAUUCUGAGAUUGGCCCAGAAGAAAUUGAAUUCUUCUGUGUAGAAACGGCUUACAUAGUAUCUGUACGUUUGAAAAAACUCUGCGAAUCUCAUUGUGAAGAUUUGGCGUUGAAUUUGGUAACAGCUUUCAUGAACUGUAACAAACUCUCAAAAUCACACAAUUUCAGCCUAAACGCCACUGACACCCAGAUGUGGUUCAUUUUUGAUAUUUAUAUAGCCUUGCUGUACAAGUUCCAGGAGAAACAGAAAAUUGUUGUAUUGUUGAAAGAAUUGACAUUCGAAGAGGGACUGCAAUUAGUGAAGCGUUUUGCUAAGAAACGUGUAAAAAUAUCAAAAAUUUGGAAAAACUGCCAUAGAGUAGCUAUUUUAGCCACACAGAUGUAUAUAUCACAGGCUGUUGUAAAGUAUACAGAGGAGCUCAAAGAAUUUCUAGAGAGUUAUUUGGAAAUUUAUAUUUCACUCUGCAGCACUGAAAGUCUCCUUCAAGAAUUCCCAACAUGUAUUCGGCGUAUAAGUAAUUUAGCUGACGCUGCUGGACUGUUAUAA